AUCAGCUGCUUCCGUCAGGAAAAGAUGGGCGGUACUUCAGAUAACUCGUUCAUGGAGUAUACUUGGGUGAUCAUGUAACAGCUUAUCGGAGGACAUGCUGUUCUUAUAAUGUCCGGUCAAGAGAGAAUAGCCAGGAUCUUUCCAAACGUGUUAUUGUCACAUUCUGAGGAUUCUGCAUCAGCUGUCAGUGACAAUCCAUAUCCAUUUGAUAUUCCGAUAACAAGCUUACCACGACUAAAACCUGCCCUCUCGCCGAGUGUGCAGUUAAGUCUGACAGUCGUAUACAUAUCAUUAUAUGGGCUACUGUUCUUCGUUGUGUAUAUCCAGUUAUGGAUGAUAUGGUACUACCGACACAAACGUUUUAGUUACCAGACAGUAUUCCUUUUCCUUUGUCUGAUUUGGUCCGGUUUGAGAACGACUUUAUUUUCAUUUUACGUCCAAGAUUGCGACCUGGCUAAUGACUUGCCAUGGGUAUUCUAUUGGUUGUUAUACUGCUGUCCUGUCUGCCUACAGUUUACAACGCUGUGCCUACUGGUUUUAUUUUUUGCACAGGUUGUUUUCAAGGCCAGAGCAAAGUAUGAACCAAGCAAAUUCAAACGUCCCCUUCGAAUCCUGGUCUUCCUGGCUAUAAUCGUGUUUGUGGUGUCCAAUAUAACAUGUGCCAUGGUCAUCAAAUACAGUGAGAGGAAUUACUCUUCCAUUCCACUGGAGCUCAUCUAUAUACGGGUGGCCAUCAAUGACUCCCUUUUUAUCAUUUUUGGUAUUGUACUUUCGUUCUGUAUUUACAAAAUGUCAAAAUUGUCCUCCUCAUCGCUGGUUCUGGAAGCCAAGGGGACAAGUAUGUGUCAGGCAAUCGCGGCCUGUGUUGUCAUCCUGAUGCUGUUUACAUCCAGAGCUAUCUACAACUUUAUCUCCAUCUACCCAGCCCUGAAGACCAAGGUUCCCGACUUCGGCUAUGACUGGGUCAAUGUAUCUGACCAGGCUGACUUCAAUGAUCUGUCUGGGGGAUAUGAGUACCUUUCUUUCGGAAUCGUGUUGUUCGUCUGGGAGGUCCUACCAACAUUUGUUGUUGUGUUGUUUUUUCGAGUCAAAAGAGCCGUCAAUGCUGUGGCACUGAACGAUCUCUCCAACCACAGCCAUAGUUCAAAGGUGUUUUUCUUUGAUAACCCUCGUCGCUAUGACAGUGAUGAUGAUCUCACUCGGGAUGAUCCACAUUCGGUCAAUUACAGUGUACACAACUCUACCAACAGUAUUGACAAUGGAGGCAUCUCGCGUGGUACUCCCAUCCUCACCCCGAAUGGGAGGCUCACACCGAGGGGUGGCACACCCAGAGGCACCCCCAGGACGGCAUAUGGGUCCAUAAUGAGUAGAAGUAUGGCCUCUAGUCGCCUGGGGACAUCACCCUCACCAAUCAUGUACAACGGGCCCCAGUUGUAUCAGUGACAUAAUGGCUGAUGGUGGUAGGAUGGUGAUUCAUGUGAUAUGACUUGCUGGUGCUGUGAUGAAGAAUGUACACUUUGUCAAAAUGGUUCAGUGGGAAGGGGAAGUGAAAGACUUAGUUGAUGCUUUCAGAGAAUGUGCUUUAUGAGCAUGGUUGACCCAAGGUCAAGUAUAUCAGUGUCAAAGGGUAACCAGUGGCACUUCCAAUGGAUACAGAAAUGUGCUUUAUGAGCAUGGUUGACUCUAGGUCAAGGAUAUCAGUGUCAAAGGGUAACCAGUGACACUUCCCGUGGAUACAGAAAUGUGAUUUCCGCUGACAUCAUUGUCCCUGGACGAAGAGAAGUUUAUGUAUAUAACCAUAUUUUGAUAUGCAUUUUCAUUGACUUACCAUAUUCAUUGUAAUAAGUGCCCUGGGUACUUAGAAAACUCACAAGGGGCUCUUCUUAAAAAACAACUAAAACUUUUGAGUUACUCGUCAGUUAAUAACCCUUUCUUGUUGUUUCCUAUAAUAAUGUAAUCUGCACAAAAAUAUGGACUGACAGAUACUUUUGUUUGUCUAAGUAUAUGAGAUCAUGCAAGUAUUUGUAUAUAGUGUGGAUAAAGUGUUUAAUAAGGGAACCUAAUAUUUUGAGUAAGUUAACGUCUUACACCUUGUGAUAUAUGUAAUAAAGGUUGUAUCGUCACCACAGAUGUAACAUGACAUGACUCUUUCAUGAGGAUACUGAUGGGAGUUUGGACAGGUACACUACAUGUUCAGUGUAAAAGUGUCAUCGAUAAGUCAUGCAGUUUGUGAAGAAUCAUCUGAUCACUGUUGAAACAAGGAAAAUAUGUAUUUUGCUAAGAGAUGAAAUUGUGAUAGGAGCCCCCGCAGUGUAUAAUUCUUGCUAUAAGUUAUACAGAGAAGCUAUGAUUGGGCAGCCCCUGAAAUGUUAAAUCCUUGCUAUAAGAUAUACAGUGAAAUAUACAUUAGAUUUAAGCCAACACAAAAGGUACGUGUCUGUCUCUUCAGUUGAUGAAUUUACAUAGAACUUAAGCAUACCGUUUAUUGAGUACUGCUUGUAAAUACAAAUGUACAACAAAACAGGGUUUUCCUGUAACACUUGUGAGAUUUAAUUGAUGGGAUAGUAUCAUUACAAAUGACAUAAUAGUUUUAUAUCCAAAGACACAUAUUUAUAUAUAUUAAUAUCUUUGAUACUAUGAAUUGUGUAUGCAAUCAUAUUUAUUGUCAGUGCAGAUUAUCCAAAAGAAAUAUCAUCCAUUCUAUAAUGUGGCAUAAUUUUUUUAUCAAAUAUUUAAUUAUGUUUAUUGUUAAUGCAGUGCUUUUAUUACAUAUUAGCUGUUCUGAAAGUUGUUAUCGAAAAAUUACUUCCUUGUAAGGAAGACAGUUUCACGGGGUUAGUCACAUACAACAAUUCAUUAUAUCUUGGGAAACAGGAUGUUUCUGCCUCUACAUCAUGUAUUAUUCAAACCAACUGUAGAACAACAGACAAGAUGGCUGCUUUUUGUUAUUCUGUUUAUCUGUUACAUCAAAGCUGAAGUACAGAAUCUGUGAAAGGAAUGACAAAAGCAGCUCUUUAAAAUGUGUUGCACAUUGUGUAUGGAUAUUUGUCAAUUGUUACAAUACCCCGGUAUAUCACCAAAUGAAUCAAUCAUGUGUUGGUACACAUCUUGUAUGUUCUAUCACCUAUAACAUUCCUUAGUGUAUAAUUGAUUACUAUGCUUGAAAAAGAAGGAUGUGUACCUCAGCUUGACGUAGUUUUACACAAAGUUUUUCAAAUUCAACUUUUGUCUGCUAGUUUGUGAAUAAAGUGUAAGAUGAAAAUCAUAUUAUUAACAGUUUAUUUCUAACCGUGCUUUAGUGCUGUACACAGAGGAAGUUUCCUCUUUGUGGGUUCACAUCCUGAACUAUUUUUGUGUUUGUUUGACAUGUACUUGAUGUGACCUUGAACUUUGCAUUGUUCAUUGUUUAUGUAAGUGAGAUGCCUAUUGCUGUACAAAUACUCAUAUUUUGUUGACGAUGUUGUUUUACAGAUAAAGACACUAAUUUAUCAUUCCAUGGUUUAUUUUUUGUCACUGUUUGUCUACUAACAUGCAUGUUUGUGCAAAUAUUCUUA